UAUUCUAUUAUUCAAAGUGAAUGUGAAAAAAAUGAAUUUAUGAAAUGUUAGAGAAGAGUGAAAUGUUAGGAAAAAGAAAUUAGUAAUUUUUUAUUUUAUAAUGAAUGAAAAUCAUCAAAAUCAAACAAUUAAGAAGAAACUGUGAAUUCAUGUGGAUGAUAAAAAAAAGUAUUUUCGAUGAACAUGAGUAUAUAAAUUAUAUGUUUUAAUUGAUUAAAAUUGGAGUGUUAGAUAGAAUGUUUUUAAAAUGUAUUGAAUAAUUGAGAUAUAAUUAUAUUGAUACAUUGGUGAAGAGAAAAUGAAUGACCAUAUUAAAAAGUGUUGCACAUAGUUCUUUUAGUGUUUAUGGAGUUUGAAACUAUUUCUUUUAAAGGAAUGAGCUCCCACGCGCAUGCAAGAACAAUCUGUAGCGGAAGCGCAGUGACAAGUGCGGUUUCUGCAUUACAUUUCUUAAAAAGUUAUAGUCUAUUCACGCCGACCUCAGACUUAUGCAGAUAUGAGCCAUAUAAUUCUAAAGACUACAACUUUGGAAAUAUCGACAUUUUAGAAAGUUCAAACACACCAGAUAUAGCAAUUGGCCGGACAUCAUCGCCAUUAACACCCUCAUCUUUAUCAACAUUUUCACUUCCAGGAUCUUUACUUCAACCACCGUUCUUAUCUACAAUUCCACCUUUAAUGCAAUCUAUAAAUGUGCCUCCGACGUUUUCUAAUAGUAAUACAGGUAACAUGGUAAGUCGUCAUUUUUUGAGUGCGAAUAACAUCACAAAUAUUCAUAAACGACCUAGAAGCGAAAAGAAACCAAUACCAGAUGAUCAAAAAGACGAAAAAUAUUAUGAAAGACGUAAACGUAAUAACCAAGCUGCAAAGAAAUCUCGAGAUGCUCGGAAAAUUAGAGAAGAUAAUAUUGCAUUGCGAGCAACUAUAUUAGAGCAUGAAAACGCAAUUUUAAGGGCACAAGUAAUAACUCUUCGUGAAGAAGCGCAAUGCCUUCGGCAUAUGUUGAUUAAACAGCAAACAUCACCAUUACAGUCUAUUAAUCGGUCGAUUUCUUCGAUAACACCUGUUACAUUAUCACCUCCUCAUUCAACGGCAACUUUAGAUUGCCAAAUUUGAAGUAUACUAUUAACAAAAAAACGUCAUAGCUGACAUUUUUGGCAAUCAAAUAAAUAUUUUUUAAUAAUUAUAUAGGAAAACAUACUAUAUUCAUAAAGUGAUGUUAAAUUAUUUAGAUUGUUGU